AUUACAUUACACAGACACAACACACCCUUUCUUUCUUUCUUUCUUUCUAAUCUUCCCCUGAUGGAGGGCCGUUUCAAACAAUUUUGUCGGCGAGAGACGUUAUUAAUCAUAUUCACAAAGAGGGUAAUUGCCAAUUAGUGGCAAUUAAUAUUCUUAAUGAAUUUUCCUUCUUUUGUUUUUAAUUUCAAUCCUAUUCUACCAAGCAAGGAGGAGGAGGAAGAAGAACAACCCACAAUUUCUUCCCCCAACUUCUUCUUUUCAUCUCUCUCUCUCUCUAUAAUCUCUUCUCUCUUUGUGUGCAUUUGGAAAGCUGUCAUUCCUACAUCCUAUACUGUCUCUCCUUCCUUCCCCCACAAUUUCCCUUUUCUCGCUCUGCCUCGCCUCUUUUGCUGCUGUUUGGUCUCUCUCUCUCUCGGUGUUGUGGAUUCUUCAUCUCGUUUUCUUUUCCUUUGGUCAUUGUCGUCUACCGGCUUUGACCGAUGAAGAUGCUAGUGGCAUUGCUUUUGUUGCUACAAUUGAGCAAUGCUGCGAGAAUAAUCGGUGAAGAACUCAACGGUGGACAGUGCGAUUCGAAACCGACAUUAGAUCCAAGACCACACAGUGUGUCUAUUUUGGAGUUUGGUGCUGUUGGAGAUGGCAAAACUCUCAACACCAUUGCCUUCCAAAAUGCCAUUUUCUAUCUCAAAUCCUUUGCUGAUAAGGGUGGAGCUCAGCUUUAUGUUCCACCGGGAAAAUGGCUCACUGGAAGCAUUAAUCUUACCAGCCACCUUACUCUCUUCUUGGAAAAAGGUGCUGUGAUUCUUGGCUCUCAGGAUCCGUCCCAUUGGGAACUUGUUGACCCCUUACCUUCAUACGGUAGAGGCAUUGAAGUUCCAGGGAAACGAUACAGGAGCUUGAUAAAUGGGUACAAUUUGCAAGAUGUGGUAAUAACAGGUGAUGAUGGGGUCGUUGAUGGACAGGGCUCAGUUUGGUGGGAUUGGUACAGCUCUCAUUCCUUAAAUUACAGCCGCCCGCACCUUGUGGAAUUUGAGGAUUCUAAAUAUGUGGUUGUUUCAAACCUUACUUUCUUGAACACUCCUGCAUAUAACAUCCAUCCAGUCUACUGUAGUGAUGUCUAUGUUUACAAUAUCUCUGUCUCUGCACCUCCUGAAUCUCCUUACACAGUUGGAAUUGUUCCAGAUUCUUCUGAUCAUGUAUGCAUAGAGGGCUGCAACAUUGCCACAGGAUAUGAUGCCAUUGCCUUGAAGAGUGGUUGGGAUCAGUAUGGUAUUGCCUAUGGCAGACCAUCUAGAAACAUACACAUCAGAAGGGUCCACCUUCAGUCAUCUUCAGGUUCUUCCAUUGCCUUUGGUAGUGAGAUGUCUGGUGGGAUCUCUAGUGUUCUUGUGGAGCAUGUGCACCUGUACAAUUCAUCUAGUGGCGUUCAAUUUAGAACUGCCAAGGGAAGAGGGGGUUUCAUUAAAGGAAUAGUCAUUUCAGAUGUUGAAAUGGAAAACAUAGCCACAGCAUUCAGUGCCUCGGGUCACUUCGGGUUGCAUCCGGACGAUGAGUUUGACCCUAAUGCUCUUCCAAUUGUCCAGGACAUAACCUUGCAGAAUGUGAGAGGCACAAACAUUCAAAUUGCUGGAAACUUUUCUGGGAUCCAGGAAUCUCCCUUCACUUCAAUCUAUUUAUCCAACAUUACCUUUUCAAUCAAUUCAUCUUCUUCCACUUCUUGGAUCUGUUCAGAUGUUUCUGGGUUUUCGGAUUCCGUGAUCCCACCCCCCUGUUCUGAUCUCAGUACUCCAUUUUCAAUUUCUUCCUCAGCAGCAGCCUCUUCCCUUGUCAAUUCAAGUGGAAAAACUGCUGUCUUAUGAAAAACCCUUUCCAUCCAACCCAAGCUACAAGAAUAUAUAUUUCAACCACCAUUCUAAACGAGGGAAAAAAAAAAAGAAACCAAAACUUUCAAUCAUUGCCUUCUCCAAGUCAAGCCAGAUUCUUUCAAAUAAAAAUCACAUGUCUAGAUUACUUGUUUUCUUCAUUCCCUUAGAUUUGCUUUUCUUCCGAUGUUGCGGUCUGCAGAUUUAUUUGUACAGCUUCAUUUCUUCAUUCACGUGUAAGGAAAUUUUUGGUAGUGAUUUUUACAGGUCUUUCGGUAUCGUCGGUGUUGUUUUUCUUUAAAUUAUUCCCCCUCUCUCCCUCCUUCCCCAUCUAAAGAGCUUUGUGCAUUGUAAUUUCACUGUAAAUUGUUCAUUUGUUGUGAAGGGCUGAAAGGAUAAAAACUAGUUGAUGUGAAAAGCAAUUCACGUGGAGCCAAGUGAUUGGAAUAAAGGGAUCUUGGUGACACUCUACUGCUUGUGAAAUUGUUAAGUAAUUUAAGCUGGGUGUUUUUUUUUUCCAUUUCAAGUA